CAGAAACUGUGCUGGUGCUGAGGAUGGUGGUGAUUCUGUUCUCAAGGAUCAAAGAUAUGCUCCUACUCUUGUUCAUCCCAUGCCUUUGUUCUGGUCAGUCUGCACCUCCAUUGCUGCGUUUCUCCAGCUUCCUGGAUCCUUCUAACAUGGUCUACCUCCGCUGGGACCACAAUGAACAGGAGUUGAUGACCUUUGAGCUGCAGGUCCUCACGACUGGCUGGGUGGCAUUUGGGUUCAGCCCUCAUGGAAAGUUGCCUGGAUCUGACAUUGUGAUGGGAGGCAUAUUUCCUAAUGGCAGCAUCUAUUUCUCUGAUUGUCAUGUUGUAGAUGAGGCAACCCUUGAGGAAGACGAGAGCCAAGACUACCAACUGCUGUCACUGACAGAGGAUGAGACCUUCACCACUAUGCUGUUCAAACGCCACCUCCGGACAUGUGACCCAAAUGACCUGGAUAUCACAGUAAGAAAGGGAACUGAUCAAGCAAGAUCCCAAAAACCUCUGCUACUGUAUUCCCAUAUCCUCCAGAUCAGAUGUGAUAAUGACAAGAUUAGUUGCUCCACUACCUUCCCUGGGGCAGAGUUUGCUGUUCCAGCUGAAGAAACGAAGUAUGCCUGUACCUUUAUCCCACUGCCCAUGGUCAAACAGAAACACCACAUCUACAAGUUUGAACCUGUAAUAACACCCCACAACAUAACUUUGGUUCAUCACAUUCUGGUUUAUGCCUGUGGCAAUGCCAAUGUGUUACCCAGUGGCAUAAAUGACUGCUACGGAGCUGAUCCAGAUUUUGCCCUGUGCUCUCAGGUGCUUAUGGGCUGGGCUGUUGGGGGAGAGUCCUAUCAAUUUCCAGAUGAAGCUGCGAUCUCCAUAGGGACAUCUUUGGACCCUCAGUACAUCCGACUGGAAAUCCACUACAGCAAUUUUGACUUGUUACCAGGUUUGAUCGACAGCUCAGGGGUACGAAUCUACUACACACCAGAGCUACGAAAAUAUGAUAUGGGGAUUCUGCAAACAGGCAUCCUCACUUUCCCUGUACAUUUCAUCCCUCCUGGAGCAGAAACCUACAGAUCUUACGGCCUUUGCAAUACUAGCCAGUUUGAUGAAAUGAACGGGACACCAGUUACAGAGCUGCAUGUGUUUGCCUACCUGCUUCACACCCACCUGUCUGGCAGAGGAGUGAAAGUUGCCCAAUACCGGAAUGGUGAGCAGCUGGGGAUCAUCUGUGAGGACAAUAAGUAUGAUUUCACAUUGCAGGAGAUUCGGGACACGAAGGAAAUCGUCACAAUCAAACCAGGGGAUGAGAUCCUGGUGGAAUGUAGCUUUCAGACACUGGAUCGGUCAGGGAUUACUUUCGGUGGGCCAAGCACCAUGAAUGAGAUGUGCCUCACAUUCCUCUUCUACUACCCUCGUAACAACAUCUCCAGUUGCAUGGGCUACCCUGACAUUUUAUAUAUUGCACACAUACUGAAGCAGGAGGCCUCAGAUGGAAGGAAUGAUGGCCAUGGACUUUGUUGACUGGGACAACGAGACCAUCAAAAUUGCAGAGAAAGCAACCAAGGAGGCAGAUCAAGUAGUCAUGAUUAAAACAAUUAAUGAACAGCAGAAAAAUGAGACAGGUCUAAUCAGAGACAUAAUUAUUCCAGAGCGGGCUGCCUGUCACAAUAUUUCUGAAAACCUCUCAUUGUCAGGUCUGAGGGCUGCCACAAAUCUUCGUUUGGCUGCAGUGUGUAGGUCUGAGUCAUCAACCACCAAAGAAAUGUCUUCACUUCCUCUUCUUUCUCUCACACAGCUGGUAUUUGCUUGGCUUAUCUAGUCCUCUGAGCCUGGGAUGUAAAGGGCAGAAUACUAGCACAGAUCAACAGCCAGCUGAAGAAGUCCCUACUGUUACCAUCUGGUAGCAGGGUAUUUCAGAUCUGAUGGCCCUGGAACCAUCAGGCCAUACAAAGAUAUUUAUGUAAUAGAAAAUUCUCUUCCUUUGGCAGAAAUAGGUUCAACAGGCAUUGGCAUUUAUUUUGGUUUCAAAAAAAAUACUUUCUAGUGUAGUUUGUUCUGAAAUCAGAAAAGCAAUGUACUAUAAUGCUGUAAAGAAAGGCCUCUCUUAAUAGCUGCUGAAGUGAAAAAAAAAAAUCCAGAGCUUCCAUAGAUAGGCUACUACCCUAUAUUUACUCACUAGCGUUUCAGUAAUCUAGUCUCAAGCUAUAUAUAUACUCCCUGUACUUAGGUCGGUAUAGAAAACUAGGCUCCUUACUUAUUCAAACACGUUAAUUGCUAAUCCAAAGAAUGCAUUUGAUUCUAGAAAUUGUCCUGCCACAUCCAGCAACAAAGUAUGCAUUUCCAAAGAGUGAAGAAGUGCCGUGUAGUCAUUGGCAUAAAACUUACCUGCUGAUUGCCAUGUAAUAAUGAGGCAAUGUCUGGGUGUUUAUUAAAUCGUAGAUCUGAGAUAUGCUCCAAACGUGAAGAUCGAGAACCCUUUGAGAAUCCCUAAAUAUACAGUUAGUCUAUCAGGCUAGGUUUUUUUGUUUUCCUUUCUAAUGAUACAUGUAUUUUUUUUUUUGCAAUGUGACA